UACGAGUCCGGUGUUUCUAUGCAGUGGGUGAUUUUAGGAGCUCUCUCAAACAUUUAUGACUUAUGGUUAUGGCUACUAGCAGCACCGCGGCGGCCGCAGAGCCUCCUGGGUUGGAAACACAGCAGCGAGAAGUCGAGAGUUUAAUCCAGAACCAGGAGCUCCGGCUCGGGGACUGCUGGUAUCUCGUGGGCAGAAGAUGGUUCGGGUUGUGGAGCGAGUACGUGAAGAGCGGCGAUCAGAAUUCUCCGUCAUUUCCUGGAAAGAUUGACAAUACCGAGCUGUUUGAUGAUUUGGACUCGUACAGGCUGAAAGAGAGGCUGGUGGAGAGCGAGGACUUCAUCCUGGUGCCAGCAGAAGCCUGGCAUAAACUGCUGUCGUGGUACGGCAUGAUGAAUGACCAGCCUGCUCUUGAAAGAAAGGUCAUUGAUCUUCCCAGUACACUGAAGGUUGAGAUCUAUCCUGUGGAAGUCUUCCUGUGUCUGCACAGCGACAUGGACAACGUAAUAACAGCCCAGUUCAGCCGAACAGACACCAUACUCAGCAUUCAGAAGGUGAUGCAGAAGGAGUUUGACAUAGUGGAGGAAGCUGAGCCACGGCUGUGGAUGAAAAGCUCCGAUAACAACUGUGAGAGGCUACGAAACAUCCACAUGACUGUACUGGAUGCCUGUCUCAGCACGGGAAUGACCGUGAUCAUGGAGAUGAGGAAUGCAGAUGGCACAUGGCCCAGCUCCAGACCUCAGAUCAUGAGGAACUCUAUGGACGAGCAGGACAUGUACCGAGGGCAGCCAGGAGUGUGUGGGCUCACUAACCUGGGUAACACCUGCUUCAUGAACUCUGCUCUACAGUGUCUGAGCAACACUCCUCCACUGACGGAGUACUUCCUCAGGAACCUGUACCUAGAAGAGCUGAACUUCACUAAUCCUCUGGGCAUGAAGGGUGAGAUCGCUGAGGCCUACGCUGACGUCAUCAAGCAGAUGUGGUCGGGGAGACACUAUUCUGUAGUGCCACGUGUUUUUAAAACUAAGGUGGGCCAUUUUGCGUCCCAGUUCCUGGGAUACCAGCAGCACGACUCCCAGGAGCUUCUGUCCUUCUUGCUGGACGGCCUGCACGAAGACCUGAACCGCGUCAAGAACAAAGAGUACAUCGAGCUCAAGGAUGCAGACGGCAGACCGGACCAGGAAGUGGCGGAUGAGGCGUGGUGUAACCACAGGCGACGGAACGACUCCGUGAUCGUGGACACAUUUCACGGGCUCUUUAAAUCCACACUGGUCUGCCCCGAGUGCAAAAAGGUGUCUGUGACCUUUGACCCUUUCUGCUACUUGAGUGUUCCCCUGCCGGUCAGUAAGGAGAGGGUCAUGGAGGUGUUCUUCAUUUCCCUCGACCCUCUGGCCAAACCUGUGCAGUACAGAGUGGCUGUACCCAAAGCUGGCCGAGUGAUGGACUUAUGUACCGCUCUGUCUCAAGCCACUGAUAUCUCAGCAGAGAAGAUGGUAGUUGCAGAUGUAUUCAACCAUCGCUUCUACAAGAUCUAUCACGCUGAUGAGUCUCUCAGCCUUAUACUGGACAGAGAUGACAUCUUUGUGUACGAGCUGAACAGCAGUGGAGUUGUGGAUCAGGACGAGGAGGAGGAGGAGGAGGUGCUGCUGGCCAUGUACAUGCGCGAACGCUCCAACUACAGAGACUACGGGUCAGGGGGAAACAGCUACAGCAUGUUACUGUUCGGCCACCCGCUGCUCAUGGUUCUGCCUCGCACACAGUGCACCAGAGACGCCCUUUACCAGCUCUUCCUCCAGCGCCUGAUGCGAUAUGUGCAUCAGCCAGACCCGGCAGAGGAAUUGGAGGAGGAAGAGGAAAACGGUAGCGAAGAGAAUGAAGAUGAGAUAUACAAAAAUCAGACCAAUGGACUGAGUGGCGAUGAGGCUGAGGAAGAGUCUGAAGAGGCGGGGCCAUCCAAGACAGAAGAGCCGGCCCAGCAGAACAGCACCCAAUCAGAAGCGAGCCCCAAGAGUGAAAGGGAGGAGAAAGCGGAGGAGGAGGCGGAGUUGAACAGCGACGCCGACCGGGGCAGCAGUACAGAGGAGGGCCAAUCGGCAUGCGGCAGCACGGACAACAACUGCCAAGCCGCAGGAGACGAGGAGCAGGCAGCUGCUGCAGCAGAGACUUCUGGGAAUGAGGAUGGAGAAGAGGAUGACGAAGAGUGUGGGGAGUCUGUUGCUCAGGCGAAGAAGAGGAUGACAAGUAGACGGCGUUGUGCUGAGAGAAGAAAGAAGCCGCUCUUCACUAUACAGGCUGUGAACUCCAACGGCACCACAGAUCGAGGCAUCGCAGACGGAAACGGCUCACUUCCCUUCAGCAAUCAGCUGUAUGUGGCCAUUGACUGGGACCCUGACAUGAAAAAGAAAUAUUACAACGACACCGAGGCAGAGAAAUACAUAAAGGACAAGAGCAUGGACGUCCCACAGCAGCAGACAACUGUGAAUCUGCAGGAGUGUAUCGAACUCUUCACCACUGUGGAAACGCUCGAAGAUGAAAAUCCCUGGUACUGCCCAACGUGUAAGAAGCAUCAGCUCGCCACUAAGAAGUUGGAUCUGUGGUCUCUUCCUGAGGUCCUCAUUAUCCACCUGAAACGCUUCUCCUACACAAAGUACUCCCGCGAGAAGCUGGACACCAUCGUCAACUUCCCUCUCCGAAAGCUGGAUUUCUCCGACUUUCUCUUGAGGAAGGCAGGGAGCGACUCGGAGCCUCCCAGCAGAUACGACCUCAUCGCUGUGUCAAACCACUACGGCGGGCUCAGAGACGGACACUAUACCAGUUAUUCUCGGAACAAGGACAACGGCCAGUGGUAUUAUUUUGACGACAGUAAAGUGACCUACGCUAAAGAAGAACAAAUUGUGACAAACGCUGCCUAUCUUCUGUUCUACCAGCGCCAAGACAAGAUCCGGCACCCCACCCUCGCUCCCCCUGAUAAUCACGUCGCUUCCACCAAUCACGACGGACCAGGCGGGGCCAUGGAGAUCGACUGAAACAGCUAGCUGUGUGUGUGUGUUUUGUCUUCCUCCUUUCUUUCUUGCAUUCCAUCAUUCCAUCCGUCUCCCUCUGCAUUUCCACUCUCUCUCCUGCUCUCAGGUUAAUGAGGGAAUAUUUUUAAUUCUUCGUUUGCGCAAAGACCAAAAAAAAAAAACUUGAACCUUUUGCCUUUUCAUGAUCCAAAACAGGAAGUGAGAGGCAGAGGCUACUCUCUCAGGCUGGUGCCGAGGCAUCAUGGGUAGGAGGCUGUGUAAAGGCUGUCAUUCUGUCAAGCCAAGCUGCAGGAACAAGUUCAUCUAGUCAAGGCACAUUGUGUGUGUGUGUGUGUGUGUGAGAGAGAGAGAGAUGUGGGCUUGAGAAUGCGCGUUCCUCUGGAGUGCAGCCGAGUAUGUUUUGAACUUUGCGUCCUUGCUGCUGCUGCUUUUGAAUUUCAGAGCACGAUACACUUUUUUUUUUGUUUUCCCCUCUCCCCCUCCUCACCUUUCUCUUCUCCCUCAUGCAUGACCUUUACCUUUUUGUUCAAAAUAUGUCGAGCUGCACUCUCACUUUAAACCUUACACCAGGCAAUAUUUCGAAUUUAGACGCACAAACUGUCUCGCUGUACCUGAUUUAUACAAGCACUUCAAUUUUCCAUUACGUUAAAGGAGUACGCCACCCCCAGGUGAAAUUGAGUCAGUCCCUGCAGUCCCUAGAGUUGGAUGAGUGAGCCAAAGCGUUCUGUAGCCGACCCAGCCAUUG